AUGCCCGAGUACCUCAUCCGCUGCGUGCAGCAGCAUGAGAGCUUUCGCAAGGCUGAGCUGGAGUCUCUGGCCACUCUUGCCGGCGCCGAAAUGACUGUUAUUUCCUAUUCUGAACAUACCCCCUUCGCCAUCGUCGCCCUGCCCUCGGACGCGGCAGCGCGGGCCGUCGUGUCGCGCAGCAUCCUCACGAUGGGCAUCUACGAGCUCUGGGGCAGCGGGCCCGACUACGCCUCGUUGCACGCGUCGGUGCGGGCGCGGACGGCGCCGCGCUGGGCCGGCUACUCGCAGGCCUCGUUCCGCUUCUCGGUCGACGCGUUCCGGGGCAAGCGCGGCAGCGCGGCCCAGCGCGAGCUGAUCGACGGCUUCCGCUACCUGGGCUUCGCCGGGCCCAUCCGCAUGAAGGACGCCGAGCUGCACCUGUGCAUCUUCGAGGAGUACGCCGUGUCCGACGCGCGCACGCCCAAGCGCGUCUUGCUGGGCCGCUGGGUGGCGGACGGAGGGCGCCGCGCGGUGCUGACGUACGACUUGAAGAAGCGGAGCUACAUCAGCACGACGUCGAUGGAUGCGGAGCUGGCGCUCGUCACGGCGAACAUGGCCUUGGCGGCGCCCGGCAAGGUCUUCUUCGACCCGUUUGUCGGGACGGGCAGCUUCAGCGUCGCGGCGGCCCAUUUUGGCGCCGUGGCGGUGGGAAGCGAUAUCGAUGGGAGGAGCAUCAGGGGCAAGGCGGAGGGCAAGGGCGUGGUUGCGAACUUCAGGCAGUACGGGCUGAUGGGCCGGUUUCUUGAUAAUUUCGUGAGCGACCUCACGAACACGCCGUUGAGGAAGGGGAGGUGGCUGGAUGGCAUCAUCUGCGAUCCGCCGUAUGGGGUGCGAGAGGGUUUGAAGGUGCUCGGCAGGAAGGACGGAGGUGGGCAGGAGGCGGUCAUGGUUGAGGGAGAGUGGGCGCAUCUGCGCGAGGGAUACAUCCCUCCAAAGAAACCGUACAGCUUCGAGGCCAUGCUUGACGACAUCAUGGAGUUCUCGACGGAGAUGCUGGUUGACGAGGGAAGGAUGUCCAUGUGGAUGCCGACGGCGAACGACGAAGACGUGGAGAUUGCAAUCCCCUCGCACCCGUGCUUGCAGCUUGUCAGCGUCUGUGUCCAGCCGUUCAACAAGUGGUCACGGAGACUGCUCACUUACCGCCGCAUCCCGGACGCGCAAGUGGACAAGUCCAUAACCUGGACCAAGCGAACGAAUGAGCAUGGCAGCAACGCCGAUGACCUGAACGCUUUCCGCCGCAAGUACUUCCAAGGCUUCAAAACACCAGAGGUCGAGACACCAGCAGCAGCAUCGCCGCUCCCAUCCGAGGCAGCCGCUGCUGGCGCAAAGCAGGCGACAGAAGAAGUCUCCCAGCAGCUCUCGGACCUCAAUAUCAAGGGGUAG